AUGCUUCAGCUCUUUGCUGAUGAUUCCAAUUGGCUGUGGUCCUAUGUGCAAGUCAUUCAACCGACAUGGGCAUCAGAUGUGACACCGGAGGGUGCUUUGGCAACGCAUUUGCUUCGCACGGCAAAAGAGAAGGGCAGCAUCACCGAGCGUGCACUGGACAAGUCGGCCGAAUUGAAGAAGACGCACAAGGAGCACCGGAAGGAUGGCACGCCUCGACGGGAGCACUCGGGCAAGCCCGGACGGAAGAACAGCAUCCGUGGCUUGCGGAAGGAUGCAUCGCAGCAGUCCAUCACUCGUGGAGGAAGCCGGCGGCCGAAAAAGGUCGCCAGCCGCGCAUCGGCGAGCAGCGUGCAGCUUUCAACGGACGGCAGUAUCCACCUGAGUCCUGAGCAGGAAGCAGCGCAAGAAGAACAGCGGUUGAAGCAGGAGGACGCCUUUCGUCACCUGGCAGCGCUUGACCCACCCCAUAGGGCCUUUUUGGAGUCCCUGAGAAGGUGGGACCUGGAGUGGGAGGAUGCCUGGAUGGUGCUCUUCGGCGAAGUCUUGGACGUGACCAAGUUCGUGCCUAUCCAUCCGGGUGGCGAAGACACCAUCCACAUGUACUUGGGAAAGGAUGCCACGGAGGAGUGGGUGGAGAUCCAUACGCCUGAAACCUUGGAGAAGAAUUUGCAGCACAUCACCAAGAUCGGCAAGAUCGAGGUGCGCCGUGGGCUCAUGACGUGGCUCUUCGAGAAGGUCGCCGGCGCGUCGCGACCGGCGAGUCCAGAGAAGCAGAGAGAACCAGUGGAAGAUGACUGGCCUGGAGGAACGAAGUUCACUCCAGCGUUCGAGGAGGAGCUGAAGGCUCUCAAUGGCAGCUUUACCUUGGAGAGUCUCAAGCGCUGGAACGGCCGAGAGCUCCCAAUGUUGAUCGGCCUUUGUGGUGUGGUCAUCGAUGUGUCUCCCAGUGAGAAUUUCGACCCAAACCACGGCUAUGGAAAGCUGUGGGGUGGCAAGGACUGCACCUGGGCCAUGGCCACGGUGUCUUUGAAGGGGGAAGAUGCCAACCGCUUGGAUUUCAAGCUGCAGGAGUUGGAAGAGCUCCAGUUCAAGUCCUUGGCUGGCUGGUACAAGCACUUCACCGAGAAGUAUCGCCAGGUCGGUACCUUGGAGGAGCUCAAAGACUGGGAUUGGAGCAGCGUCAUCACGGCGGCUCAGGAGAUGCAGAAGACCGGUACAUACGCCUGAGGGCGUUGUGCCCGACGCACAGAACUCAGGUUCCCAUGGUGCUUUUGCGGUGUUUUUUCCAGCUUCUGAGCUCAUGUUGAAGCCUUACAGCCUGGCACGACUGACGGAUGUGGGGAGUCCCAGGUCCCAGAAAACAGAUGUUGGAUGAUUCAGGUAUGUUCAGGGUGUC